CAUCUAUCCAAGGUCGGGCCAAUCCUCUUUAGCAAAAAACGUUAUCCUCGACCAAAAAAACACGCCAGGAACGAAAACAGAAUAGCAACAAAACACACAAUCGAGAAGCAACCUUUUCUCCAGACCAGACCCCAACAAGCAAAACCCCAAAAAUGCACACCAAAGGCCCAACCCCGCAGCAGCACGACGGGUCCGCCCUGCGCAUCGGAAUCGUGCACGCGCGCUGGAACGAGACCAUCAUCGAGCCGUUGCUGGCCGGCACAAAGGCCAAGCUGUUGGCAUGCGGCGUCAAGGAAUCCAACAUAGUCGUGCAGAGCGUCCCGGGGUCGUGGGAGCUGCCAAUCGCCGUGCAGAGACUCUACUCAGCAUCCCAGCUCCAAACCUCAAGCUCCGGCCCAUCCCUGACGGCCGGCGACCUCCUCGGCUCCUCGACGACAGACCUUACCGCGCUCCCGACCAGCGAUGCGUCCUCCACCGGUCCCUUUGACGCCCUGAUCGCCAUCGGCGUCCUCAUCAAGGGCGAGACGAUGCACUUUGAGUACAUUGCCGACUCCGUCUCCCACGGCCUGAUGCGCGUCCAGCUCGACACGGGUGUCCCCGUCAUCUUUGGCGUCCUGACUGUCCUGACCGACGACCAGGCCAAGGCCCGCGCAGGAGUCAUCGAGGGUAGCCACAACCACGGCGAGGACUGGGGCCUGGCUGCCGUCGAGAUGGGCGUCAGGAGGAGGGAUUGGGCUGCCGGAAAGACUGAGUGA